UUAUUAGUGAUGAUGUCAACUGGAAGAGGUGCAUCAGACCUUGGUAAUAUUGAUACAUGCCUUGGUUUACCAUCCAAUGUUUCACAUUAUUGUAUCUAUCAAUCGUCAAUCAACAAUCAGUAUUCUUAUAUGAUUGGAGUGUGUUUCCCACCAAGUUGUAACACCACUGAUGACUUGUCCGCUGCCAUAAUGAUGAUGGCCUCCAACGCUCAGAUUCUUGUAUUCCCUGGCAACAACUCAGUUAGUCAAUGUUAUAACAACUAUAACAAUGUUACAGUCAAGUCUUGGACUGCUGGCUCAAUCAUAAUGCUUUGUGUCUGUGUCUUCUUUGCGAUGAUAGUACUUGUUGGUACAGCCCUUGAAUACUUCAAGUCCCCUGGUGAAUCAACUUCAAAAUCUAUCAAUUUCAAUCAAUAUAAUAAUAUGGAGAAGGAUUCAAUACCUUUGAUGGAAUCAUACCAGAGAAACAUUGAUAUGCCGAGCAAGUCAAAUGACUCCAAUCAUACAUGGUCAACCUUCGAAUCGAUAUUUGUGGCCUUCUCAUUGAUCUCAAACAUCAAGUCAUUCUCACGAAUUGUGGUACCAAGUAGUGGCAAUCGCUUUGAUGCGCUCGAUGGAAUAAGGACGUUUGCAACAUGUUGGGUUGUCCUUGGACACUCACUUCAAUAUGCAAUGUCCCCUGGUAUGGACAACGCAUCGUACGUGUUCAAAGAGAUAUACCCUCGGUUUACAUUCCAGGUGAUACCCUCUGGAGAGUACGCAGUCGACAUCUUCUUCAUGCUCAGUGGAUUCCUGGUUGCCAACACCGUCCUCACACAGCUCGACAAGUUGGAGGACACUGGCAGGUCGUCUGGCCCAAUCAUCUGGAUCAAAUACAUUAUCCAUCGCUUCAUCCGUCUCUCACCUCUUCUCUACUUCCUCAUUUUCGUUGUCUGGCUCCUCUCACCCAUGCUUGGCAGUGGACCGCUGUGGUACCAAUCAUCAAUCAACUCUGGAUGUUCAGAAUACUGGUGGUCCAACCUGCUCUACAUCAACAACCUUUACCCUGGAGUCGGCCAGUGUAUGGACUGGACAUGGUAUCUUGCUAACGACAUGCAGUACUACUUGCUAGCACCAUUCGUAUUGGUGGCCUUCCACAAAUUCAAACCUGCUGGUUAUGUAUUUGUAAUGGUGAUCUUGGCGGUCUGCUUCACUUCUAGCAUAUGGAUCUACAUGACCUUCCCAAUGUUCACAAUGACCAGUGGUAACUCAACAGACUACCUCAACAAAAUAUAUUAUAAGCCAUGGACUAGGAUUGGACCUUAUGCUGUGGGCCUUGCAGUGGCCAUGCUCUACCGAAGUGAAAAGACCAAGAACAUGUAUGAUCGUCGGUGGUUCAGAUACAUGGCCUACCUGUUGGCAUUUGGAAUCACAUCAGUCUUUACCUACAUCCCCUACUUCAUGAUCAAGCGCACACCCGACCAGGUCUGGAGUGCAAUCAUCAACACCCUCUCUCACACAUUGUUCACUUCUGCCCUUGCAUUGUUUUUGAUGGCAACCUUUUAUGGACAUGGAGGRAGUAGUAUCGAUGUUCUUGGGCAUGCCAUUAUUCAAGUACUUCUCCAAACUCACCUACUCUACUUAUCUUAUGCAUCCCAUUGUGAUACAUACCUAUAUGUACUCAGUUGGUACUUUGUUCCACUACACUGA